GAAUGACGUUUGACAAGACAUGUGGAAGAUCGAAAUGUCAUAACAAACAGAAAUUUAUUAAAUAUAUGAAGUUUUUGAGAAUUUUGAAGAAAAUGUCUGAGACCAUCAUGAAGAUGGAAGAGUCAACAUUGGAAAUAAAAUCAUUAAAAACUAUAAAAGAAGGGCAAGCUGAAAUUUGUCUAAAGACGGAUAAAGUAUUUUAUAAUCCAGUACAAGAGUUUAAUCGAGACCUCAGUAUUGCUGUGUUGAGUGUGUUUACUGAAGAAUUUAUUGCUGAAAAACUUGCAUUCAAACAAAAGAAAACACAGAAUGUUAAUUCUGAUAUUAAUAACGGUAACAAUCAGAUACCAGUGACAAUCUUAGAAGCACUAUCUGCCACUGGCUUACGGAGCAUCCGUUAUGCUAAAGAAGUGCCAAAUAUUAGUAAAAUUAUAGCCAAUGAUUUAUCGAAGGAUGCUGUUAAUACGAUUCAAGAGAAUAUAAUCCAUAAUAAUGUUCAAAAAAUAAUUGAAACCAGUCAUGAUGAUGCAUGUAUGCUGAUGUACAAACAUAAGCAUCCACUGGAACGCUUCACGGUUAUAGACUUAGACCCGUAUGGAUGUCCUUCAAUCUUCUUAGACUCUGCGGUACAGAGUGUACAAGAUGGCGGCUUGUUGCUUGUCACCGCGACUGACAUGGCGGUUUUGGCGGGAAACUCACCCGAAACUUGCUAUAGUAAAUAUGGUGCUAUUAGUUUGAAGACAAAGUGUUGCCAUGAAAUGGCGUUAAGGAUUUUAUUACAAUGCAUAGAGUCCCACGCUAAUCGAUAUGGUCGCUACACAGUCCCUAUGCUGAGCAUAUCUGCUGACUUCUACAUACGUGUAUUUGUUAAAGUUUAUUCCGGAGCAAUUCAUUGCAAGAAAACUACAAGCAAACUAUCUAUGGUCCAUCAAUGUGUGGGUUGUGAUAAUAUAACCCUUCAACCGCUGGGUGGUUUCAAAGACAACCCCACAGAACGGAAUCCAGGACAGAUGAAGGCAUAUUUACCCACCGGACCAGCUGUGGGUGAGCGCUGCACUAAUUGUAAUCAAAAACAUCAUCUAGGUGGUCCAAUCUGGUCAGCACCAAUCCAUGAUGAGGUCUUCGUAUCCAAGGUCCUGACGCACGUGCAGGAGCACCCGGAUCUCUUUGGUACAGCCAAGCGGUUAGACGGAGUACUGUCUAUGGUCAGGGAAGAACUUAUGGAUGCACCACUCUAUUAUAUCUUGGAUAAAAUGUUUGGUAGAGUUCACUGUGAGACAAUGCCCAUGCUGGUUAUGAGGUCAGCAAUUCUGAACGCCGGGUACAAAGUGUCAUAUUCUCAUGCGGCCAAAUUGUCAGUUAAAACAGCGGCGCCUGCGCAUGUAGUUUGGGACAUUGUACGCACCUGGGAGAAAAGUCAUCCUGUUAAACCUGCUAAGUUAGAAGCAGAUCCGGUAGCAAAUCACAUUUUAAGCCAGGAUACGAAGACAGCAAUAGACCUAAGCGAGAGAGCAGACGCGAAUCCUGUCAGCCGACGUGAUGGACGCUUAAGGUUUCAGUUCAAUCCCACUCCAUAUUGGGGACCUGGUUCAAGAGCUGCUAUCAAUGUCGGUGAUGAUAAAAUGUCGAAAGCGAUAAAAAAUCAGAACAAGCACAAAAAUAAAGAGCGGCGACAAGGAAAGCGAGAGCACUCGCCGAGGAGUGACGAAGAAACCCGCAAAAUUCAUGCCAAGACAGAUGAUGAAAAUAUUUAAAUAAAAA